GUUUAACCUAAGUGGUAUGGGACAACCUAUAAAUGAUAAGGAUGAGAAUGAAAACUCGGAUAAAGACAUCGAAAAUAAUGAUAAUGUAGAGGCAGAAGUCACUGAAGAGUCCGAAGACUCAGAUGAGGGCAUGAAUGUCCCUCUUACUAAAAUAUGCUUUGUUAAAACAAACAAAGAAAAUGAAAGCGGCGAUACCAUAAGUGUUUCAUAUUUGGGGAAAACUUUUGAAAGUGUUCUUCCUAUUUCAAAAUAUUCCGUUAAAAAGAGCGACUGGCUGGUUGUUGCUUUUCCGGCUUCUUUUGGAAAAACAAGGAAAAAUAAAUAUUUUAUUGGCGAAGUUUUGGAUAUUCUUGGCGGAUCAGAUUUUGAAAAAACAUUUUUAAAAUACCGGCCAAGCUAACAAUUCCCGGACCAUCCAUUUGAGUUUCCCACCGUACCUGAUGUGUCCAUGUUUACAUUUCAAAAAAGUUUUAGGUAAAGUUUUUCCAUUUGAAGAUGGCGCUGGCACGUCCAAAAGAGAAGUAUUAAGAUUUGCAAUUACGCAAAAUGAUCUCAACUAAGUUACCUAGUUUACGAAAGAGUUCCUUUUCCGUCAAAAAAUUUAGGAUUUUCUAUUUAGGUAAAACAAACAUUUCUCUAAGAAGUUUUAGAUUUUCUCUUGUUAGUUUAUAGUUUUAGUUUAGCAAGUCACUACAAAGUGUUUCUCUACAAAGUAAGAUUAUUGUAUUAGGAGUUAAUAGUUUUGGAUUAUUUAUCACUCUAAAAUGUUUCUCUAAGAAUUUAU